AUGCCAAACCAAGAUCAACGUCCAUCAUUAAAUUCCUUUGCACGGUUACGACGCAAUGGCCAUGCCAAUUCUGGAGCAGCAAGCGUCAGUGGACAAAGCUAUGCUAUCAAUGUUAAUUCUUGUUGCAUCAAAACUGGUCGAUCAGUUAAUGUUAACUGGAUUGUCAAUGGAGGAGUGUCAGAUCAAAAUGCUGAUUGGAUAGGUAUUUACAAGUUUGGUAGAUGUGGAACAACUGUGGGAAGCUCAUGUCCUUCUGGUCCAGAUGCAUGGAGCUACGUUACGAGCCGUAAGACCUCUGGACAGCAAAAUAUAGCAGGUCCUUCUGCAACGGGAUUAUAUCGUGCAUAUUAUUUCCAUGAUAAAGGACAGACAAUUAAAGCUAUAUCAAAAUCAUUUUUCAUAUCAUCAUCAUGUGAAGCUCUUCAAUUAUUAGUUGAUCCAAAAAGUCAAGUGAAUAAUGGAAUAGUUGUUGUUUCAUGGUGUGGUGCUGAAACUUCGGAUAUAGACGAUCGGAUUAUGUUUUGGAAUAUAGAUUCAUCUCCAAUGACCGAUCACAAUUAUGUACGUGGUUCUUGGGCUUAUACAUAUGGCGGAACAGUUCGAAAGAAUCAACAUCCAACAAAUUCCGGACAAGUAUCUAUACGGGUUCCUUCACUACAUGGAACAUAUACUGUUUAUUAUUGCAAAAACAACGGAUAUACCUGUCCAAACUCUGUCACUGUGAAGGUAAUCAAUCCAAACAUAUGCAAACCAUCUGCUUCAACAACAUCAAAAGUCAAACACAUUAUACUUAUUAUUUCUGAAAAUCAUUCCUUCGAUAGUAUAUAUGGAAGAUACUGUAAGGCUCCGACAGGUUCAAAACCCACUUGUAAUAACGGUCCAUCUUGUUGUGAAGCAGCACCAAAUAGCGUAAGUGGAUCGUUUCCGAUAACUUUGACCGAUAAACAAAAUCUUGCGUACGAUCCUGGUCAUAGUGCUUCUUGCGAACUGUGUAAAAUGAAUAACGGUUUAAUGGAUCGAUUCAUUACUGGAUGUUCUUGCUCAAGUCCAUUCAGUUUCGCUAUUGCUGAUAACAUAAGUGCAGCAGGAUAUUACUCAUGGGCAAGAUCAUAUGCGAUAGCUGAUAACUUCUUUCAAUCUGCUGUUGGUGCCAGUACUGAAAACUAUAUGUAUUUGGCGACAGGCAAAUUCUUAUUUUGGGAUAAUAAUGCUGUUCCACAAAAUUCUAAUCUAAAUGGUGCACGUUGUUAUACCAAGAAUUUCAAAAGCUACUAUAGUACAACGAUUGCAGAUUUAUUGAAUUACUGUGAUGUCCGUUGGACAUAUUAUGCUGAAGGAUACGAUAAAAAUCCAAAAAAGAAACAAUGCUCCCCGUAUUAUUACGAUGCAGGUGAUGAUCCAUUUACAUUUUUUCCAAGUUUAAUAAAUUCUUCACAACUUCAUUCCCCUAAUUUCAAAGAUUAUACUAAUCUGUAUUCUGACAUUACGGCUGGAACACUUCCAGCAGUUAGUUACGUUAGAGGAUUAGGUAUACAUAGUGAACAUCCCCGUCUAAGUUCUUUAACAGCCGGUGAACUAAUCUCACAAAACGUCAUUAAUGCAAUAAUGGCAUCGAAUACAUACAAAGAAAAUACUGUUAUAUUUUUGAUUCGAGAUGAAAGUGGUGGCUAUUAUGAUCAUGUAUCUCCACCACCAAUAAGUAAAAUUGAUAAUAAACCUUAUGGUCCUAGAAUACCAUUUACUGCUAUCGGAUAUCAAAUUAAACGAAAUUAUGUUUCACAUGUUCAAAUGGAAUCGUCAAGCUUAAUUAAAUUUAUUGAAUGGAACUGGUUACAUGGUCCACCGGGUCAAUUAAGAACUCGAGAUACUGUUGUUAAUAAUAUUGGUGAUAUUUUUGACGAUAAAAAAACUGGUGUUAAGAUUCCUUGA